AUGGCAUCCCAAGAACACCCAAACUGGCUCACGGCCCUCCUGGCCGACACAAGGCCGCCCCCAAAGCUGUUCGCCUGGUCUCCCGCCAACAUCCAGCCAAAGCUAGAUGAAGGCAUUGACAUGGGAAGCUCCAACAGCGAUGAGGAGUACGACAACGAUGCCUGUGUCUGUCCAUCAACAGAUUCUGAUCAGCGUAUCUACAUCAUUGGUCCUGGCAACAUCGGCCGGCUUUACGCAACUCACAUGGCUCGUCAUCCCAACGCCCUUCCCAUUACGCUCGUGGUUCAUCGAAAAGAACUGUUAUCGCAGUGGGCAGCAUGUGAAGGCGUCGGCCUCGCAGACCUAACAAGUGGCAAGAUCUUCCUCAACAAACGCUUCACUGUUGAGUGGUGGACCGAAACAAGACCUCCCUACGGUCCUGUAAAAGAAGUUGCAGACGGGAAGAAACUUCACAAUGUCUUCAUCUCCACAAAAGCAGAAGCUGGAUUAUCUGAAGCAGAUCGCAUUCGCCGAUAUCUGGGAAGAUGCAGUUCCGUCGUCUUUGCCCAGAACGGCGUUUGCAAACUCUGGCCUCCCCACGGUCCUUUAUACAUCUCUCAUCGAUACCCAAGCGGUGAUACUCCAACUUUCUCCGCGUGUGUCGUGAGUCAUGGGGUUGCAUCAGCAGGUCCUUUCCUGAGUGUCCAUGCGGCUCCGGCUGACGCAUACAUCGGACCUGUGUUCUGGGCAUCUGAUCCCGAAUCGCCGUGGAGGCAACCAUCGGAUGACUUCUUUAUCCGGCAUAUUGCUACGACGCCGCUUGUCAACACGAAGCAGGUGUCUUCGGGUGAGAUUUGGCUCCUUCAGUUGGAGAAGUUGGUCAUGAAUGCGGCGAUCAAUCCACUGACGGCUCUACUACGCUAUAAAACGGGGGAAUUGUUUACAUCCUAUGGCUCUGAUGAUCCUUUGGCAAGGGUGAUUGAUAAGCUCCUCUGGCAAACCAGUGCUGUUAUCCAGGGUCUUAUUGAUCAUGAAACUAGUCACAGUGUUAUCACUUCCUACGCUGAACAGAUGUCGCAACCCGGGACGAGCUGCAGCGUCCCCAAGGUCCGAAAGAAGUUGACAGAGAGGUUCUCACAACCUAUUUUGAAGGCAAAAUUAUAUGCAUUUGGCCUCAAGAUAUUUGAACAUCGCAGCUCUAUGCUGCAGGACAUAGAGGCCGGGAGGAAGACCGAGAUACGGGACUUUAAUGGUUGGAUUGUAGACACGGCUUGUUUCUUGGGUACGGGUUUAGAUGUUAGCGUGCACAGUGGGUUGACUGGGUUAAUUGAGCGCUGUGAGCGCUUUGAUAAGAUGGAACUUGGUAGAGCAUUGCUGUAA